UCCCAAGCGACUCGACUCGGAGACGGCAUAGAUCUCAAUCAUCUCGCGAGAUCGCUGAGGAACAGGGGAAGAAGACGAAGGAGUUCCGCAAAACCCUACUCCUGCGUCCUGCCCGUGCCCUGUCGCCCCAGAUCUGCGAUCCGGCCGAGGUGAGAUGGCGAGCACGGGGCGGUCGAUGCUGCUGUCGCUGCUGCUCUUCGCGGUGACGCUGUCGCUGCUCGAGAUGUACAGGGCCAAGUUCGCCUCAUCGGAGCUCAUGACCAUCGCCGGCGGAUUCAUCUGCUCCCUCCUCUUCCUGCUGCUGCUCACCUUUAUUGGGAACUACCAAGAAGCUAGUGGAGAUAGAACUGGGUGGGGUGCAGUUGUUGUAGCACAACUUGUUGCUCUUAUUGUAGCUGGUACUGUCCACCGCGUCUGUAUCACAACAUGCUUCCUAUUUUCCGCUGGACUCCUUUACGAGGUUGACAAGCUCUCCGGCAUGAUCCUUGCGAGGAGUGAGUCUAAAGUGAGGCGGCACUGAGCACAGAAGAGAAGAUAUCCAUAUAUUCAUGUACGAUGACUCGUUUGUAGAUCGAAAAGCGAAAUCUCCGCAGUCCAACACCCUCCUUCGGACUUGAACCCAUUCAGCUGUUUUGCCAGGCAUAGAGGGGCUCUGAAUCCUGGAUGCUGGUGCGUCCGCACCGAGGUCUGAUUCUGAUGUUUGACUAGGUAAUACUAUGUACUAUCACCUUUUCUUUUUGCCGGAUAUCACUUUCCCUUUUGACAAACUUCGUGGUGCCUUGCACUCCGCCCCGCCUAGUCGAGAUGUUGCUGUGCGCUUUCGUUUC